AUGAGUUUGCACCGUACAUCUGUUGUAGCGGUUGCUCUAUCUGAUGAUGACUCUAGAGGAUUCUCAGCUUCGAAAGACGGUACUAUCAUGCACUGGGAUGUAUCUUCUGGGAAAAGCGACAAAUACAAAUGGCCAAGUGAUGAUGUUCUGAAGUCUCAUGGGAUGAAAAUAAGGGAGCCUCGGAGUAAAAAACACAGCAGAGAAACUCUUGCUUUGGCUGUUAGCUCCGACGGUCGUUAUCUGGCGACUGGAGGAGUCGAUCGCCAUGUUCAUAUAUGGGACGUUCGUACCCGAGAGCAUCUCCAGGCCUUUACAGGUCACAGGCACACCGUCUCUAGUCUGUGUUUCAGACACGGAACCUCGGAACUCUACUCUGGUUCGUUUGAUCGAUCUGUCAAGGUGUGGAAUGUAGAAGAUAAAGCGUUUAUGCAAGACAGUUUUGGACACCAUGCUGAGAUUAUAUCCAUUGAUGCGCUACGGAAGGAGCGUGUUCUUACGGUUGGAAGAGAUAGAAUAUUGCUAUUAACUAAGGUGCCUGAGCAAAGUCGUUCAGUCUAUCGUGCCCCUGCUUCGUCUCUUGAGAGCUGCUGUUUCAUCAGUGAUGAUGAGUACCUGUCUGGUUCGGAUAAUGGAACUGUUGCUCUAUGGGGCAUGUUAAGAAAGAAACCAGUGUUUCUCCUCAAGAAUCUGCAUACAGAUAUAGCUGAUGGAAUGACCGCUAAUGGAAUCUUAGAAAAUGGUGAUGAUCAUAGUUAUGUCAACUCUUGCUCAGCAAGUUCUUGGGUCAGUUCAGUUGCUGUUUGUAGAGGUAGUGAUCUUGCUGCAUCUGGAGCUGGUAAUGGUUUUGUGCACUUGUUGGGUGUUGAAACUGGAAAAACUGCCAUUCGACCUUUAUUCAAGCUUCCACUGUCUGGAUUUGUGAACUCUUUGGCUAUUGCAAAAUCGGGUAAAUUUCUGAUUGCCGGUGUCGGACAGGAAACGCGAUUUGGAAGAUGGGGCUGCUUAAAGUCUGCGCAAAAUGGUGUCGCGAUACAUCCCAUAAGGCUGUCUUAA